AGAACAGGACUCAUGUCACUUCUUUGCAAAAUUCGACGAAGCGCCACGUGAACGACCCUCUCAUCCAUCGCGCAAAAAUGUGCUCAAGGCCUUGCUCAUACAACCGCAUCGUGGCUGGCUCUUUCGCCCCUAAUGAUUGCCCUUGAAGCUGUCUGGACGCAGCCAAGGGGAGUGCUCACAAUAUGCGCCAGCAACGCUCUGCAUAUUUAUCCCGGAAGGGGACAGAGCGAGAGCGUCGCGAUAGCUUGAUCUUGCAAUCACGCCAAAUUUACAAUCCUACACCUCAUGACUACUGCGAUGCGUAUCCAAUUGAUCGCAAGAGGUGCCUCGUGCAACAACAACAACCCUCCCCUCAGCUGCUCUUGUUCCCACAUCCUUGAUGAGAAUGCUCGACCGAUCUCGAUGCCUUGCCUUUCCGCUAUACCGAGAAGCCGUGGUCCAGUGAUCGAAGUCACGCUUCUCCGACGUGCGUCGGUGUUUCGAUAUUCCCGAUAUGUGGAGGAUCUUGUGAUAUGCGCCCAAACCAAAUGCGUACUUCGCUCGACUGUCCUUCCAGGAAUUAAACAAUUGAUUCGUCACGAUAGAGCUGGAGUGGGCAUGCUAAGGGAAAGUAGGUGGUUGUCAUGGAGGCAAGAUAUGCGAUUCGCUGCACCUCGAGCAACUGUAUGCAAACUCCUAGAAGCCCCGUGACAUACUCCCUUACAUUGUUAAGCCGCGAAGCCUCCAAGGCCUGGUCUAACUUGCGCUGCGAGAGACCCCCUUGUAUGCAGCAGAGGUAUCAACAACCUGCUUGGUUGGCUAUUCGGACC